AUGAGAAUCACGGCGGUGCGCCUUCUGCACCGCUCUUUUGCACGAAACCAUGUUGUGAAUGGGAAAUGGACAACCACACAUUACACACAACGUCCGCGCGACAAAGACCCGCGAUGGAAGGACGUUGAGAUCGAGCGUUUCAGUGACGAGUACGACGUGCUGAUUGUGGGUGGAGGUCCGGGUGGGUUGUCGGCCGCGAUUCGAUUGAAACAACUGGCUAGCGAACAGAAUAAGGAAGUGAAAGUUUGUGUUAUUGAGAAGGCACCGGAGUUGGGUGCUCAUACUUUGUCUGGUGCUGUGAUUGAGACUACUGGUUUGGCCAAGUUGUUCCCGGAUUGGCAGGAGAAUUGCUCGGCUGUUCAUCAGAAGGUCACGGUGAGUUAUUGUUUUUUUUUGAUUCUGUAAAGAAAGUUCUUGUUAUUUUAUGUUUUGUAAAAGUUCUUACCGUUUUUUGCUUUGUAAACACAGUUCUUGCCAUUUUUAUGAAAAAAAAAACUUAUUGUAAAAUACGAAUUCUUUAAAAAUUAAUUUCCAGGAAGAAGCAGUGUACAUUUUGACGGAAAAGGGUAAAAUCAAUGUUCCCAUGGUGCCGGGUGUACCAUUGGCCAAUCACGGUAACUACGUGGUUCGUCUGGGACAUCUAGUCAAGUGGUUGGGCGAAAAAGCCGAAGAAUUGGGGGUAGAUGUAUAUACGAGUAUUGCUGGUCAAGAGGUUCUGUACAACGAGGACGGAAGCGUUAAGGGUAGGUUUUUGGGGGAUUUUAGAUAUAAAAUUAUUUUUUGUUGGUUUUUAGGUAACAAAAAUAUAAAAUCUUGAAUUUCAAGCUUGAAAGGUUUGAAAAAAAGGAUUUUUAGAUAAUAAAAAUAAAAAAAUGGCAUUUUAGGUAACAAAAUAUAAAUUUUUUCUAUAUUUUUAUUUUUUAACGAUUUCAGGUAUUGCCACUGGUGAUGUCGGAAUAGCCAAAGACGGCUCACCAAAAGACAGCUUUGAACCAGGCAUGGAGCUCCACGCCAAGUGCACCAUCUUCGCCGAAGGGUGCCGUGGUCAUCUCACCAAAUCCGUCAUCAAAAACUACGAUUUGGCUAAGGAAUCGGGCCCAAUGAGCUAUGGUAUUGGUCUGAAAGAGCUGUGGGAAGUCGACCCCUCAAAACAUCGACCAGGCUUCAUAGAACAUUCGGUAGGAUGGCCACUGGAGAAGACGCAAUACGGAGGAUCGUUUUUGUAUCAUAUUGAGGACGGAGGGCAACCACUGGUGGCUACCGGCUUUGUGGUGGCUUUGGACUACCGCAAUCCUUAUUUGCAUCCUUUUAAGGUGAGGUUUUGGAAUUUGAUAGGGUAUUUUUGGGAUGGUGAAGAAAUUUUUUUAAGGGUGUGGUAAGAAAAAUUUUUGGGGGGGACUUCAAACCCUCCCCCCCCGGGGGGGGAGGUUUGAAGUUCGGAUUUUCAGAUUUUUUUUUGCUUUUUGAAGAACUUUUUUCAUUCGCAGCCUAUGUUAAUAUAAAACCUUUUAAUUUUCAGGAGUUCCAACGCUUUAAAACCCAUCCAGUAAUAGCCAAAACUCUGGAAGGAGGAAAAAGAAUUGGUUACGGAGCUAGAGCCCUGAAUGAAGGUGGAUUCCAAUCCAUCCCCAAGCUCAUUUUCCCCGGUGGAUGUUUGAUCGGAUGUUCAGCAGGCUUACUGAACGUCUCGAAGCUAAAGGGUACUCACACCGCCAUGUGGAGUGGAAUCUACGCAGCCGAAGGCAUCUUCGAACAGUUGGAGGAGAAGAGUAAGGUUAUGUUAUUGAUUUUAAGGUUGUUGAUGGGUGGGGCUUUUCGGACUGUAUUUUUAGGCCAUUAUUGUGGAUUUUGUCAGUCCUCCUGGAUUUUCGCCCCCUCCUUCUUUAUGUAUAUGGAUAAUAAAGCGACUUUCAUUUCAGCGAUUACCCCAACGAAAUACGACGAAAAACUCAAAGGAUCAGCAGUCUGGAAGGAGCUAAAGAAGAGCCGAAACAUUCGCCCAUCAUUCAACACCAAGCUCGGCUGGUGGGGAGGCAUGGCCUACACUGGCCUCUUCUAUGUCAUUGGUCGCGGUAUCGAACCCUGGACUCUACACCACGGCAAACCGGACAACGAGAAGAUUCUUCCAAAGGAAGAGGGCAAGGUCAUUGAUUAUCCGAAACCAGACAACAAAUUGACCUUUGAUUUGUUAUCAUCGGUUGCUUUGACUGGUACCAAUCAUGAGGAAAAUCAACCAUCUCACUUGACUUUGUAUAAUGAUGACGUACCUGAAGAUGUGAACUUGAAGAAGUUUGAUGGACCUGAAGGAAGAUUUUGUCCGGCUGGUAAGUUUUGAAGAAAUUGGAGUUCUGGGUUUAAAAUGGAUAUUUUAGUACUAUUAACUAGCCCACAUGUACUAUAUUUGGCCAUCAGUACUAUUUUUAAAUUAAACUGACCUUUUGACAUUAUUUUUAUAAAGAACGAUAUAAAACGCUAAAUUAUACUAAAUUUUUCAGCUGUGUAUGAAUAUGUUCCACGCUCCGAGAACGACGAGUCCCUCCGACUGCAGAUCAACGCCCAAAACUGCAUUCACUGCAAGACCUGUGACAUCAAAGAUCCAACCCAAAACAUCAAUUGGGUCGCACCGGAAGGCGGCGGCGGCCCCAAAUACGAUGGAAUGUAA